CGUCAAAAAAAAAGUACACAUAACCUCAAAUUUUUGAGUCAUUGGUCAGUCGUCCUUUUAUCAAAAAUAAAUUCCUAAUAUGGGCCCAAAUAUAUCGUUUUUGUUUUGCAAAUACUUGUGAUAAAUAGAGAAAAGAUAGUUUCUAAUCCCAAAUUGUGAAGUAGUGAAGUGUAAAGUGACCGGAUGCUCAGAAAGUUUUAAAAAGGUUUUGUGUUGGGGAUUAGUAUUCUGGAGUAAAAAGGGGAAUAAUCUAUUUAAUUAAUAAAAUCGAAGCUAAUGAAUGUCUGAAAGUGAUUGCGAUUCUGCCACCGAAUACACGAGCCUGAUGGACGGCCACGCGGAAGUUCGCACUGAAGGCCUAGGCUCAAGUGUUGAACGUCGAAAACGUCGCACGAAAGUCGCCAGCAAUGCGGAGGUGGAAAAUGGAGUGCCGGAAGUGCGCAUUGAAACCCCGGGAGGUUCAGCUUCUGCAGAUUCUUCACAAAGAGGAGGAAGAGAUCCUCAAAGAGAACUUGAUGCUCAGCUGCUGGCCGAGGAGGAGGAAGAACUAAAAUAUGGAGCAGCCCACGUUAUAAAAUUGUUUGUUCCUGUAUCGCUUUGCAUGUUAGUUGUUGUAGCAACGAUCAGUUCCAUUACAUUUUAUACCACCAAAGGAGUAUAUUUGUACUAUACUCCGUUUCACGAGGAGAGUGCAGACACGAGCACCAAAGUUUGGCAGGCAGUAGCCAAUUCCCUGAUCCUGAUGGUGAUCAUCGUGUGUAUGACUGUGGUACUUAUCGUUCUGUAUAAAUACAGAUUUUAUAAAGUUAUACACGCCUGGUUGAUGCUCAGUUCUUUAAUGAUUCUCUUUCUCUUCUCGAUCCUCUAUUGCGAGGAAGUGCUAAAGGCCUAUAAUAUUCCAAUGGAUAUCAUCACGCUAUCUUUAGGAUUAUGGAACUUUGGUGUAGUCGGAAUGAUCUGUAUUCAUUGGCAAGGGCCUUUGCAAUUACAACAGGCGUACCUCAUUUUCAUAGCGGCGCUCAUGGCUCUUGUUUUUAUCAAAUAUUUGCCAGAAUGGACUGCUUGGGUCGUCCUUGCAGUUAUUAGCAUCUGGGAUUUAAUUGCCGUCCUGACGCCAAAAGGACCACUGAGAAUGUUGGUGGAAACCGCACAGGAACGAAACGAGCCCAUUUUUCCCGCCUUGAUCUAUUCCUCAACCGUUAUGUAUUCUUUCUCGAUGACUUUAGCCGGAUAUGCAGAAACUGCCAUGAUUUCUGAAGGAGAAACAGGAGGAGGCGAUAGUGUUUCUUCUCCUGCUCGAGAACAAGUUCAACAAAGUAAUCCCGAGAGUGUUGAUACUGAAGAUGGCGGUUUCACGAGAGAAUGGGUCGAAACACAUGCCGAUCGUGUAGUUAGAAGAGCACAAGAAGUAAGGCAGAAUGAGGUAACAGGUCCAGUUAAUCCUGGAGAACUUAAUGCUGCCUUACAAGCAGCUCAGAGACAGCGAUUGAUUCCCGAUGAAGAAAGAGGCGUAAAAUUAGGCCUAGGAGACUUUAUUUUCUAUAGUGUUUUAGUUGGAAAAGCAUCCAGUUAUGGAGACUGGAAUACAACUUUAGCUUGUUUCGUCGCCAUCCUCAUCGGAUUGUGCUUGACGCUUCUACUCUUGGCAAUUUUCAAGAAAGCUCUACCAGCCUUACCGAUUUCCAUUACAUUUGGUUUGAUGUUCUACUUCCUUACACGAGUUAUUGUUGCACCUUAUGCAGAUAGUUUAGCCAGUGAACAAGUGUUCAUUUAGUUCUUAAAAUUUUCACCUAUUUUAAUCGACGUAUUCUGUCCCGGAUAUAAGUCUGCAUAAUUAUUUAAUAAUUAUUUAAGGUAAUUUCUAUAAAGACGGAUGUCAAUCGACGAAGGAAAUAAUUAUAUAUGUA